CGAGUAGAAGUCCCAGUGCCUUCGAUUGAUCCCUCGGGCUUGAAUCGAAAUGGUUGUCGUGCGUCUCAAGUCCUUGGAACUCCCCGCCCACUCCUUCACAUCCAAAGUGGUCGAAACUGGAAAAGACUCCAUCGCUGCCAACCCAGGGAACACCCGACACGGGAUCACAGAACCCCGAAAACUGAGAUACUGUGCCGAGGGUUGCCCCUAUUGGCAGCAAUGGAAGCUCUACCGCUUGAUCACUGGGCCAUUGAUUCGAAAUGGGGUGACUGGCGAGGACACCGCGUGCCCCCGCCGGCACACCUCGAGAUGGAUGGAAGCUGCAAUUGGGGAAUCAGCACCUGGUCAAGGCCCACAGCUUUGCUUGGGCAAAAGAAGGGGAGCAAACGUACAGAGCCUGAAGUUACCGUCCCCAGACCCCGCAGAGCCUGGGAUCCAGACGUGGAUAUGGUGUGUGGUGGUGAUCGAGUUCUGCUCGACAAUGCUUCCAGCGUGUGGAAUUGGCGAGACCUAAAUAAUGUCAUGCCCGCUGCCGAAGCGGCACGUCAGGCAUCCUUCUCGCCCCUCUUUCGAGUUGGAGGGUAUCGGCAUGCAGCCAUGCAGCCAUGCAGCCACAUGCAAGACUGCCUCAGCGCUUCAGACGUCGAUUGGGCGACGGACAUGCAGGUCUCCUGCCUCAACUUUGGCAAAGCCAAUCACCAUUGGGACUGGGCUCCGAGCUUAUCGGCACUGCCCAAUUGCGCGUUCAACGCCCAGCUCCAUUGCCCAAUGAAGGCUCCCAUCCGGAGACAGAGCUGCGGCAGCACUGCGGUGUCAAAGCGUGAUUGAAGGAUGCUCGCAGGGCGGUCGAAGGCAGACACUCAUUGCGAGGGAUUUGUUGAAAAGUGAGGCGACCUGAGGCAGGAACGUGUGGAGCUGGAGGCAGGAACGAGCUGGAGGCAGGAACGUGUGAAGCUAGAGGCAUGAAUGUGUGAAGCUAGAGGCAUGAACGUGUGAAGUUAGAGGCAGGAACGUGUGAAGCU